UUUUUGCCGAGAAUAUUAUGCACAAAACCGCGCCCUCGCCCUCUCCCCCUCCUUCUCCGAUCUUCUUCGUUAUUCAUCGCCACUUCGCCGCCGACCUCGCCCUCGCCUUCUCCUUUGGUCUUCUCCGGCUCUGACUCACUCCAAGGACAUUGGAGAAGAUCUACCUCAAGUUACAAGAUGAGCCGACCAAUGGAGGAAGAUACUAACAAGAAUGAAGAAGAGGAAUUCAACACUGGUCCACUUUCAGUUCUCAUGAUGAGUGUUAAAAAUAACACACAGGUACUCAUAAAUUGUCGCAACAAUAAGAAGCUUUUGGGACGUGUAAGGGCCUUCGAUCGCCAUUGUAAUAUGGUUCUGGAAAAUGUUAGAGAGAUGUGGACUGAGGUACCAAAAACUGGGAAGGGCAAGAAAAAGGCUCAACCUAUUAACAAGGACAGAUUCAUCAGUAAGAUGUUUCUGAGAGGAGACUCUGUCAUCAUUGUUCUUAGGAAUCCCAAGUAAGGAUAGUCCGCCAUCUCAUAAUAUGUUAAGUUUGAAUCCUUGAGUUGACUCCAUAUGCCUGCCGAUCUUAUUUCUUGUCGUUCUUCCUGUGAUAAACAUCAAACUUUCAGUUGAUAGCCUGACCUUCUGCCAAGUUUGGAGCUAUCUUAUCAGUUUGUAGUUCAUUUUAAUUUUUCUUCUUCUGCAAACCAUUUCCCAGAUACUGCAACUCUAGAAAGUGUAUCUGUUUAGAUAUCAGAGAAUAUCUAGUAGAAAUGCUAUAUCUGUUUUUAACAUGUCUAUUGAUUAGAGACUUGGAGUGUCUUUGCAACAUGGGACAUUUAUUUGUUCUGAUCAGCAAGUAAUAUUAUCAUUCAGAACUAUGAGGAUCUUUUGGGCUAGGUAGGUAUGUGCUGUUCCUCGAGUCUUGGUCCUUGUUGCUUCUGUUCAUGUGUACACACCAAGGAAUCAAAUUUCCAUUGACGUGUGAAUAGUUUUCUGUGUUUAUAAAUCGAAGGGUUUGACAAUCA